GCAAUGCUUCGACAUGGCCACCGACUCAGAGUCAGAGGACGAGGUGGAGCGAGGCGGCGAGGACCAGGACCUGGAUGCCGGCGUGCGGGCGGCAAGCUCGGAGUCCACCGGCAGCUUUGAGGAGUUGGGCUCUUGCUCCGAGGGCAGACCCACCUGCUGCACUCAAGCGGAUUUCCCGCCGGUCGUGCUGGGCGGCGAGAUCUCUUGGGGACAGCUGACGAAGGGCCUCAACAGCUCCAGCACGGUGGGCGAGUUGUUGGCACAAAUCACCGAGCAGAUGUCCUUCACCCCUCCUUUGCUGACGCGAUCUGGCCACGCCCUCACGCAGCUUCAGGAAGGCGACUUGCUGGGUGCCGUCCUGGGAAAUCUUGAGGAUUUGGUGUUGCGUCAUGCCUUGAUCAUCGAGGGAGCUCAACCUGCUCAGUCAACGACAGAAAGGCUAGAGAGACUGGAGCUGGAGAACGCAGAGCUGCGGAGUCGCUUGCGGAUCCUCGACGAACGCCGCUGGCCGGCGAGAGCCCAGGCGGAAGCGGACGCGGAGGUGGCCAAGGUCGAGCUGUCGCCAGGUGCUCCAUGCACUCCGGCUGCUGUGGAGGCCACUGAAGCAGAAGCUGUGGAGCUCCCUGUGGAGGAUUUUGCAGUGGUGCAGGAUCAAGCAGAGGUGGCGAAGCACGAAGAGGUCGUGAAGCGCGAAGAGGACCCGGUGGACGUUGAGAAGCUUGGGCAGUCCGAGAGCAAGAACCUCCUUCCUUCGUCCGAAGUCCGCGAGGUGGUGCCUCCACCGGAGACGCCGUUGCCAGAGCUGGCACCGGUGAAGGAGUGA